CGAUCUGGCAGCACUGUUUAAAAUGACAUUUUACUCGUUUUGAAGAAAGCUUUUUUGAGCUAUUUAUAAAAUUGACAACACCAAUUCCUUUUUCUGUGUUCGAAGAAAUAUUUUGCAUAAAAUAAAACGCAAUAAUGGCAUCCGAACUCGACCAGUGGAUUGAGGUGACCAAACUCUGCAAAUACCUGCCAGAAAAUGAUUUGAAAAAGCUGUGCGACAUUGUCUGUGAUUUACUGAUCGAGGAACCCAACGUCCAGCUUGUCAGCUCUCCGGUGACGGUGUGCGGUGACAUCCAUGGUCAGUUUUACGAUUUGGAAGAGCUGUUUAGAACUGGCGGUCAGGUUCCGGACGUCAAUUACAUUUUCAUGGGUGAUUUCGUGGAUAGAGGAUACUACAGCUUGGAGACAUUUACACGUUUGCUAGCGCUGAAGGCUCGGUAUCCGAAUAAAAUAACAUUGCUUAGAGGAAACCACGAGUCGCGACAGAUUACAAAAGUAUACGGCUUUUACGACGAAUGCUUUACCAAAUACGGGAACGUGAAUCCCUGGAAGUACUGCUGUCGGGUGUUUGAUCUUCUUAACAUAGCUGCCUUGAUUGAUAACUUAGUACUGUGCGUCCAUGGAGGGCUUAGCCCAGAGAUUAAAUCUCUCGACCAAAUUCGUACGAUUAAUCGAGAUCAGGAAAUUCCACACAAGGGAGCAUUUUGUGAUCUCGUAUGGUCAGAUCCGGAAGACAUUACGGGAUGGGCUCAAAGCCCUCGAGGUGCGGGUUGGUUGUUCGGCAAAGAUGUUACCAUCGAUUUCAUGAGCGAAAAUUCUCUGAAUAUGAUAUGCCGGGCCCAUCAAUUGGUUCACGAGGGAAUCAACUACAUGUAUGACAAGCGAUUAGUCACUGUUUGGUCGGCACCAAAUUAUUGCUAUCGAUGUGGAAACGUGGCCGCAAUUCUGAAGUUUCACACCGCUGCUAAAUCAACCGUGGAGAUUUUCAAGGCGGUGCCAAAUAGUGAAAGAGUAAUACCGAGCCAACGGAUUACGCCUUAUUUCCUGUAAUGACGACAUAUGUGCUACUUGAGACCAUUCUAUCGAUAGCGAUCUAUUCGUACUCAUACCGUGUCUAUAAUAUGUAUAAAACGUUUGUAUUACAAUGCAUUAGGAAAUAAAACUCUGCUUUGUGUUAA